CCUGCCUGCUGACCCAGGCAGAGGAGAAAUCGAAAGAGACCUGAGAGUCAGCUUGGAGCCAAAUCUUGCAUUCUGAAGCCCAUCCUGUGCCCCCUGCUCCCCACCUCCUCCUGUCAGCAUCACAGCACAAGGCUGCUCCCAGGACCCUAGGUCCAGGAGAGGGAAGACUGAGGAGCACAGAACAUGGAUGUCUCUAAAGCCAUACGAAUCUGGACUAAGCAGAGCAGUGGAGCUGACAUGGCCCCUGCAGCAGAUCUGGUUGGAGGAGCAAAGAUGUCCGAGGGUGUCCCGCAGCGACUGGCAUGGUACUUGGAGUCACUGACGAAGGAACAGCUGAAGGAGUUCCAGCAGCAGCUGCAUGAUCAGAUUCUGUACAAGCACCAGCUCUGUAGGGGAAAGGUUGUGGCCACAACUCAACCAGAGAAGGUGGAUAGCAUUGAGAUGGCCUCACGCCUGGUGGCUCAAUACGGGGAGCAGCAGGCCUGGGACCUGGUCCUGCAGACCUGGAAGCAGAUGGGCCUGAGUGAGCUUUGUGCUCGAGCUCUGAAAGAGGCAACCUUUGGAAUCAGGUUCAGCUGGGGCCCAUUUAAAAACACCUCGUGGCUUAUUUUCUUCUCCUGUCUCAAAGUCACUGAAACCCUGAAGAAGCUGGACCUGAGAGGAAACUUCCUGAGCGGCUCUGCAGUACAGAGUCUCUGUGAAGUACUGAAAUGCAAUAACUGCCACCUGGAGACCGUAUGCUUGGCAGACUGUGGCCUCACAGCAGAGAAAUGCAAGGACCUGGCCCAUGGGCUGAGUACCACCUGGAGUCUGACCGUGCUGAACCUGAGCCUCAACAACAUCGAGGACACUGGAGCACAGCACCUAUUCCAGCAGCUGGGACAGACAUGCUACAACCUGCAGCAACUGGUGCUGGUCAACUGUGGCCUUACGUCUGCCUGCUGCCAGGACCUGGCCUCCAUGUUCAAGGGCUGCCCCAGACUGAAAAUACUGAAUAUGCAUGAGAACGACCUGGGUGACCUUGGUGGGAGGCUGCUCUGUGAAGGGCUCAGGCAAGCCACCUGCCAACUCCACCUCCUGUGCCUGGACCGGAACAAGUUCAGUGAGGAGGUGAAAAAGAUGCUGAAGAACAUGAACCUGGAAGAGCCUCUGAAGUUCGAAGUUAGUUGGAGGCCGAGUCUGACCAUCCCUGAGGAGACCCCAAGUAAAGGAGAGAUGGACAAUGAGAUGUCCCCACUCAAAUGGCAGACACCAGAAUCAGAGAAGUGCUCCGCUCAAGCAGUAAGGAUGGUAACAUUCUCUCUGUAUUCUGAAACACCAGAGGACCACCCAGUGAAGCCUCUAGGUACUGAAGAUGGCUCCAGGGGCCAAACUGAGCAUGUGGCUUCAGAAGUGAUUGACAAAUACAGGAGUCUGUACCGAGUUCACUUCCCAAUGGCUGGCUUCUACUCAUGGAACAACACAGGCUUCUCCUUUGUGGUGAGAAGGCCAGUGACCAUUGAGAUUCAAUUCUGUUCCUGGAAAGAAAUCCUGGACCAGAUUGUCCCACAGCACAGUUGGAUGGUUGCAGGGCCUCUUUUUAAUAUCAAGGCUGAACCAGGAGCUGUGGCAGCUGUGUACAUCCCUCACUUUGUGGAUCUCCAAGGAAAAAAUGUGGACAAAUCUUGCUUCCGAGUGGCCCACAUUAAAUGGGAGGGGAUAUUCCUGGAGGCCCCCACUAGGGUGGAGUCACACUACGCAGUCGUGGAGAACCCCAGCUUCUUCCCCAUGGUACUACUGAGAAAAGUCCAUGCUGUUCUGCGCAUUCCCAUCAUCUCCAGUGUGCUGCUCUACCAUCACCACCAGCAUGAGGAAGUCACCUUCCACCUCUAUCUGAUUCCCAACGACUGCUCCAUUCGCAAGGCCAUAGAUGAUGAAGAAAAGAAAUUCCAGUUUGUGCAACUACACAAGCCGCCUCCAUUGACCCCCCUCUACAUGGGCUCCCGAUACACUGUGUCUGGUUCAGAGGAGAUGGAAAUAAUCCCUCAGGAACUGGAGCUCUGCUAUCGGAACCCUGGGGAAGCCCAGCUCUUCUCUGAGUUACACGUUGGCCAUUUCAGGUCAAGUUUCAGGCUGUACCUAAGAGAGAAGGAAGAAGGAACUCUGGUGUGGGAGGCAUUGGUGAAACCAGGAGACCUCAGACCUGAAGCUACUCUGGUCCCUCCAUGCGAUACAGCCUCACCUUCACCCCUAGAGGCCCCAGGCUUGUUGCACUUCAUGGACCAGCAUAGAGGUCAGCUGGUGGCCCGAGUGACAUCGGUGGACUCAGUCUUGGACAAGCUGUAUGGACGGGUGCUAAACGAUGAGCAGUAUGAAAGGGUGCGGGCUGAGCCCAUCAAUCCAAACAAGAUGAGGAUGCUGUUCAGCUUCAGCAACUCCUGGGACAGGGCCUGCAAAGAUCAACUCCUCCAAGCUCUAAAGGAUACCCAUCCUCACCUAAUUAAGGAACUCCAGGAGAAGGAGAGUAGGGGUUCCUCACCUUAUUGUGAACCCUGAAUCUCCUGACUGCUCUUUAGGUGUCCAUUUCUUCACCUCUAAACAAUUGCCAUCUGACCUGCCUUCUAAUAUGAACUUAUCAAACUUCGGUGAUGCCUUUGCUGGGCAGUACAUAUCCAUGCCCAAGAAAGCUUCAUCAGCACCCAGGCAGCCUCCCUUGGUUUUCACAGGCCAGUGGUCCAGGUGGGAUGGCAGCAUCUCAGGGAAUAUGGUGAGAAUGGACCAGUCUCAGACAGGGGUGGGAGCUUCACUCUUUGUAAGUGAGCUCCUCUUGGCUCAGAGGAGACAACUUCCCUUUCCAAGAAGACUGAAGACUGUGUUUUCCUGGCUGGAGCUGAAGCAGCAAACACAUCUUGCCAGCCCAGAGCAUACAGCACAGCAAGUGGACCAAACUGAAGGGGUGCAGAGCAGAGCUGUCCAGCCCCAUUCAGCCACCUCACUGGAGGCUGCCUUGCAGCCACGCUGCUCCACGGCUGUGCUGACUCCUUACUGAGCUAUAACACUGCUGAGCUCUCUCACAGUCUUGUCAUUCUGCAUCUGUGCAGUUUCACUGCUGAGCUAUUUGCACUCAGCAAAGACUCCUUCUUCACCACACGUCAAAUUGGGGGUAUCUAUUGCUGUUCAAUUGACACCAGUGACCAUGGCUGACACCUAACACAGGGCAAUGACCUGAUCUCCUGACACCAUCCUAGAACCAAUGCAUCUGGCCCUGACCAGCGUUGCCCAGUUGGUUGCAGUGUCAUCCUGCAAAGUGAAAGGUUGCUGGUUUGAUUCCUAGUAGGACACAUACCCGGGCUGUGGGUUGGUCCCUGCUUGGGACAUAUGCCCCAAGGCAACCUAUGGAUAUUUCUUUCUCUCUCUUUCCCUUUUCCAUCCUCUCUAUCAAAAAAUAAAUAAAAUGGUUUUUUUUAAUGUA